AUGAACUCACAAUUAUCUCCUGAACGAAGCUUAAAGAAAGAUGAGCCGAAGCUCUCUUGGCUGCACACUCACGUUGCACCAUUGUUUUUAAUGCUCGUCACUCCACCUUGUGCUUUUUUAUAUUGGUACACUUGCGAACACCUUGGUGGCUCUGUCAUUGCUCUUUUUAAUAUGUUCGGAAAGGAAGGUAUCAUUAACUCUAUCGUCUCCAUUGUUCAGCCUUAUAUUUUAGGAUCUAAGGUUGCUUGGGCAAUUAUUGUGGUGUUCUCUAUUUUGCAAUUAACAUUGAUGAAAGUUUUGCCAGGAAAAAAGUUUAAUGGCCCGAUGACUCCUAAAGGAAAUCUACCAGUCUACACAGACAAUGGAUUAUUAGCUUAUUUAAUUACCAUUAUGCUAUUCUUCCUUUGCUCAAGCACUGGUCUUAAUUUAUUCCCUUCCUCAAUUCUUUAUAACCAUUUUCCAUACUUGAUUGGAGCCUUGAACAUUUUCAGUUUGGUUUUUUGUCUCUUCCUUCAAAUCAAAGGCAUGUAUUUCCCAAGCAGCACAGAUUGUGGCUCAAAUGAAGGAAAUUUCAUUAUGGAUUACUAUUGGGGAACUGAAUUGCAUCCAGUUGUUUUUGGUUUUGAUGUUAAGGUCUUUACGAAUUGUAGAUUCGGAAUGAUGAGCUGGCCUUUACUUAUUUUAUCAUUUGCUGCCAAACAAUACGAAGUCACUGGUCAACUUAGCGACUCUAUGAUCAUUAAUUUGGUUAUUCAAUUCAUCUACCUUACCAAGUUUUACAUGUGGGAAAGUGGCUACUUGUGCUCAAUUGAUAUUAUGCAUGAUAGAGCUGGUUAUUACAUUUGUUGGGGAUGUUUAGUGUGGGUACCAUCUGUUUACACUUCCACAUCCUUGUACAUUUCCAAGUAUCCAAACAAUUUGGGCCCUUAUUGGACUGCAUUCAUCUUGAUUGGAGGUGCUUCAGCAGUCAUCCUUAACUAUUUGGCAGAUAUCCAACGUCAAAAUGUACGUAAGGCAAACGGAAAAUGCCUUGUUUGGGGAAAGAAACCAGCACUCAUUGAGGGUGAAAUCAUUGCUGAAAAUGGAGAUAAGAAAAAGUUCAUCUUGUUAAUAUGUGGUUUUUGGGGUAUCACCAGACAUUUUCAUUAUGUUAUGGAAUUGCUGGGAACAUUUUUCUGGACUGUUCCAGCACUGUUCAAUAACUUCUUGCCAUACUUUUAUUUAUUUUUCUUAACAAUAUUGUUGUUCCAUAGAGCAGAAAGAGACCAGAAGAGAUGUAGCAAGAAGUAUGGUAAAUAUUGGGAAGAAUAUUGCAGACGAGUUCCAUACAAGGUAAUUCCUUAUGUAUUUUAG